UUUAAUGUCAUCCAACUUAUUGACUGAGAUUGGCAAGUAAAACAGCAUAUAACAACAUAUACUAGGUUAAGUGUUGGCGCAAAGACAUACCAAAUUAUAAAUAGCAUAACGCUAGCUACGAUUUAGCCGCGGAUGUUGUUUCCAUAGUGAUGAAACUUUACGUUAACGACAGUUUACCAUGACAACAUACAAGCUGGCUACUGGUGUUAGCUUCGAGGAGUUGCUAGAAUGUAUAACCUUGCUAAUUAAUAGUUAACUAGCCACACCAACAGCUUGGUUACUAAUGUGAAAAGAGAUGUCGUCGGGGUUUCCGCCCUCUGACCCUCAGAGUUGUGGGCUUUCAAGCAACAAUGGCGCUCAUGCUAAACAAUCUGAAUCUCCACAGAUAAAUGUAAAACUAGCACAAGCUGAAGCUCGGUCAGCAGAGACCCAAGACGCCUCUCCUCGGCUGAGAUUUAACGGCCUGACACUGGAUGAAUUAAGCGAGGAGCUUGAUAGGCGCACCAAAGAAACCGAAAGGCUACAGGAUGAGGUGGAAAAUGCAACCAAGCUUACCUUUGAGAGGUUUUGCUGCACGUAUGGCACCGUCACUUCACCUGGACGAAGCUGCCACAAUCACAGGUUUAAUGUCUAUGACUCACCUGGGGAUUCCACCAUGUUUUCAACCCACCAGGAGGCAGUGACUCAGCCCACAAUCUGUGAUCUGAAUUAUCUCAACCAAGGGCAGGCCCGAAAAAAUAUCAGCUCUAGUGGAGAGGAGGUGUUUGUAAAUACAAUAGAUGACUCUCUGCAACAGCUGUCUGACUUGAAGCUCAGCAAGACACAUGACCAACCUGAACAAGAGCCAAUCAAUUCUGACAAAACCAUCAUGAACCUGCAGUCUAAGUUGCAUGAAGUCCAGAUGGAGAAGGAUGUCGUGUCAGACCUCAGAUUGAAGGAAUCUAGGAAACAUGUUUAUCAAAUGGAAAAGAUGUUGUGUAUGCUGGAGGAGCUCCAAAACAUCAAAAGGGCCGGGGACCAGAAGCUGCAGGAAACGGAGGAUGAGGCGCUGGCGCUUAACAGGAGAGUUGAAACAUUGAAACGAACUGUGAAGGAGAUGUACUCCUCACUGCUAUUUCAAGAGAAACAUUGUGGAGACAAUGGCUUCGACAGUCCUAAUGUCGCAACAAGCUCAGUUAAGUUAACUGAGGAAUUUAGCAAUGAGACAGACAAGCUACAGCAGAGACUUUUUUUGUCAAUGGAACAUCUGGGGAGUGAAGAAAAUCAGCAAAAAAAAAGAAUGGAAGACCUAGUUGCAAGUCUGGGCCAGGAGAUGGCGCUGUUGACUGACAAACUUAGCUCAUCGAGAAACAACAGUGUCAGCCUAAGUGUCAAGUUGGACCUUUUUAAGGAACUUGCUGAGCGACAGACAUCACUGCACCAGUGUCAGAUCAGUGAACUUGGGCUAACCCUGUCCAACUAUAAAGAUAAGGUUGGUUGUCUGGAGCAGCAGCUCAUUCAGGCUCAGUCCCAACUGGUGGAUGCCCAAAGAGAGAAAGGGCGAUCUUUACAAAAGGCAGAAGAGCUUCAGUCCCAGCUUGGCCAACUUAAGAGGUGUGGUAAGCAGCAGCAGUGUGAGCUCCUGGAGGAGUUAAAGGCCCUGAGGGGACGGCUGGAGGCAGCCUUGGAGGAGAAAACCAGUCUGCAGGCCCUGGUGGAGCAGAUGGCCCAGGAGGGAUGGAAAUCCCAUGAAAUCCUGGAGGAGAAAAACAAAGAAGUCCUACUCAGGCAACAAGAAGCUCAGCAGCAUCUUGCCAGGUUGGAAGAGGCUCAGAGCUGGUGCCAGACCCUGCAUGCAGACGGAGAGACGCUAAAGCGGAAGCUGGAUGAAAAAGAAAAGAUGACAGAUAUACUGAGGUUGCAAAUGGAGAGCAGCGCCCAGAUGACAGUGCAGCACAAUCGCACCAUCGACAACCUUCACAAGGAGAACAGCCUCCUCAGUAACCAGCUGAACCAGCACAAGGUGGAGAUUCAGCAGCUCAGGGCUGAGUUAGACCAGCACAAGUCAGACCUGGCUGCUGUGGACAGAGAGAGGCAGCGGCUGCAGGCCUCUGUGGCUGAACAAAGUCAGCGUGUCCGGGAGGAAACUCUGGAGAAACAGCAGCUUAAUGUCCAGCUGGAGCUCCAGCACCUGCAGUUACUCACCCUCACUGAGGAGCACCAGCAGCUGUAUAAGCUCCACAGCUGUAAGAAGGAGGAGCACGAGGGUGUGGUGCUGAAGCUUCAGAGUCAGCUAAGGAUGACUCACGACGAGCUGGGCCAGGUCAGGAACACCCUGAGGACCCUGGAAGGAGCUGAUGGACACGGCCUCCAAGCAGCCAUGGAUAUGCAGGAGAAGAUCACUGCCAGGAGGGAGCAGAUCGACUCCCUGCAGGGCAAAAUCCAACAUUUAGAGGAGACUGUGGAGAAGCUGAACCAGGAGAAGCACUACCAGAGCCUGGAGCAACAGCGUCAGCUCCAAGAGCUUACCUUGGUCAGGGAGGAGAAAAGACACCUGAGCAGUGAGCUGGAGGCCCUUCGCUCCAAAGAUAAACAGUUAAGGGACCGAAUCGGCCAGCUGGAGGCAAUCCUUCACAAGAUGUCGGAGAGCUUUGCAGACUGUCAGGAUUUCAUCCAGCUGCAGGAGCAGGACUUCUACCGUCUGAAACUCCAACAUGCCCUGGACUUAAAGGAGCUUCAAGGUCAAAAUUUUCACACGGCUCUGAAUCCAACUUCACCUGACCUGGGCUCCCCAUCCCCAUCUGCGCUCACUGCUCCACCCUCUUCCCAGCAAGCCUCCAACACCCAGAUCCCGCUGGAGCCAAAGAGGCAGCAGGCGAGCUCGGCCCGGGAGCUCAGGUCUCUCGUCAGAGAGCUGCAAGGGGUGAUUUCGGAGAACCACAGACCACACACAGAUAACAACGCCACUGGCAGCAGAAGGAGGUCUGCACCGGAGAGAGUGCACAGAACCACAUUCAGUACUGACAAGGCUGAAGAUGCAAAAGCUGGCUCCAGAUUUAGAAGAAAAACCUGUGGCAGCGAGCCACAUUUCCUGAGGACAGCUGAGCUGAGCGGAAAAAAAAUAAGCAACAAGAGCCCUUUCAUAUCGAGUCCAGUGGCUGCAGCGCGGUACACUUCCGCCCUACAGCUUCUCUCACUGGGCCGAAGGUCACCCGUCCACUCUCUCCUGACCUCUGACCCGAUUAGCCAACAGUGACCGACACAACAUCGCAGAGCUGAGGCUGGUUCCUCUUAUCAAAGGCUCCCAAGAUGAAGUUGGCAAAGAAUACUUUAAUAAAAUCACCAAUCAGGCACGUUUUUGUAAUUUAUUGUUUAAAUAAAGUUUUUUAAAAAA